CACGUGACAGGAGUAGAGGGCGUGGUAUCACCGCUCGGAGGCUGGAUCAAGCAAACUAAAAUGCCUUUACUAGGGAAGAAACCGGAUCCCAAGGAACAGGUAAGUUUUCUGACGCAUGGAAACAGCCUAUAAUGUUGUUCUAUCGUUUUGAGGUUCGGGAGUGGCGAGGAAAGCUGAGGAAGGAGCAACGUGUCAUCGACCGACAGAUCAGGGGUCUUACCUGGGUUUGAACCGAACUACAGCUUUACCUCUCAUACCUGCAGGCAUUCAGACGGAGGAGAAUAAGGUCAAAAAGUCUAUAAAAGAAGCUGCUAAAAAGGGCCAAAAAGAUGUGGCAAAGAUACUGGCGAAAGAACUUGUUCAGUCAAGAAAAGCAGUAGGAAAACUGUAUGCUUCCAAAGCACAGAUGAAUUCAGUUAUGAUGACCAUGCAGCAGCAAGUUUCCAUGCAACGAAUGGUUGGAGCCAUUGGGAAGAGCACAGAAGUAAUGCAGGCCAUGCAGAGCCUGAUCAAGGUACCAGAGAUCUCACAAGUAAUGCUAGAGCUCUCCAAAGAAAUGACGAAGGCUGGGAUGAUAGAGGAGAUUCUGGAGGAGACAUUCGAAGAUCUGGAGGACGACGAUGUGGAGGAACUGGCUGACAAGGAGGUUGAGAAGGUGCUGUGGGAGGUGACCACUGGUCAGCUGGGCCAGCUCUCAGGAACACCCUCUGCCACCCCUCAAGAUGACGGGGCAGUGGGCCCAGAGCCAGAGGCGGUGGAGUCUGACGAGGAAGAAGAUAUGACAGCCAGACUCGAAGCCUUGCGUAGCUAGCACCAAACACACAUUUUGACACUCCUUUUAUGUCUCAUUGAUGCUGUGUAUACUGUGCAGUAUGAAUUU